AUUAUAACUUAUAAUAGUUGAAUAUUCAAGCCUAACAUGGAGCAAGAAAGACAUAAUUGUAAUAAUAUUCAAAAAUUUGAUGAUAUUAUACAGUGAUGAGACUGAAAAACUUGCCACCAAAACGGACAAGCAGACAUAGAUAUUGCUUAUUUAGGCUUUAUCAAAGAACAUGACCCAGACUUGGGUAGAAACUUCCCAAAUAUUAUUAUUAAAACUUGAUUUGGCUGUGAAGUCCUUCAGAGUCUCAAAAGAGUAAGAAGGAAGAAAGACCUCAAGGUAAAAACUCAGAUGACAGAGGUUCUUUCAAAAGAGUUUGAGACUUACUCCACGAUCAACUCUCCUAAUUGUAUAUCAAGUAAAGCCAAUUCUCCAGUUGAUCUCAAGAAAAAGGUUUUAAGAGAUAAAAGGAAGAAGAAAGAUCCUUUUGAGAAAAAGCACACCCAAUCCCACUACGAUGGGAAUGUUAAUGUUAACCUUUUCUGCCUAACAAAUAAUUUAUCCUACUAUAACAAAGGAUCAGGACGUAGUCAAGGAGUGAGGUAACACUUUAUAUAAAGCUCAUUCCCAAUAUAUCUCUAGAAUUUGA